UACUUGCGCACCCGGUGGCAGCAUUUCCUACCGCCUUGAACGCAGCACUGAACGCGUUCAUUCCCCCAAGUGUCCCGCUGCAGGACAGUCUGCGUGAACUCGGGAGGGGAAGCGCUGCGCUGUUAAAAAAAACUCCCAGGAUUUACACUCUGCCAUUUUGAGGAAAAAAACCCGGCCGACGCGAAGAGCACAGACGCGUCCACUGACCAAGAAGUCAUGACAUGAGCCCGUGAGCCCGCGCGGGAAUCGAGGAGACUCCGGGGUGGGGACGGGGGGGCAGUUCACCCAACAAAGGAGGAGUUGUUGAUCUGAAACUGGCCAUCUGCCCUCUUCAGCCAUGUGUUCCACAAAUCAAUCAAACUGGGUCACGUUUGAAGAUGACAGCGCGCCGCUCUCGUCACCUCAAAAGCCCCUGCAGUCCGCGGGGGUCGUCAAAGCAUCGCUGCCGCGUCCCAACGGUCUGAAGUUAGUCCUUCCUCCAAUCGGAGACACUUCCUGGAGCUUCAGCGGUUCCCUGGAAUCCCCUCAAAGCCACUCCAGCCUCGGGGAGAGUUCCUGCGUGCCGUGCAACACGCCCUUUUGCACUCCUGUGAGUGGGGUUCCUGACAGCGCGUCCCCGUUUCACCCCAACGCGCAGCAAAACAACCACUUCUUCCGGAGUUACUCGCGCGAAUCCACCGCCUCGGUUCCCUCGCCUGCGCCAGAUGGCCUGCACCCAUCCUCAGACGGGCCGAGCCCCUUUCCUUCUUUCCAGGGCCGCUCGGGACACUACAACCCCUUCUGGGACGGAUCGAGACACAGCGCGGAUGUGGAGGACAGCUCCUCCUCGGACUCGGAAGCUGAAAACAGCCUGCCGCGUUUCUUCAUUCGGAGCAAAGACGGCAGCGAGCCGCCGCGGGACCAACUGCGGAGCUCCUUCUCCUACGUUUGCCACAAACUGGAAGGCCUGCGGGCGGAAUCGGACCAGGGGACGGAAAAGGCCCGGGAGAGGCGGGCGAGCUGCAAAAGCGAGGUGCUCGGCGAGGGCGCGUCUCAGUUCGUCCCUCGGGGUCUGUUUCGCAGCCAGAAGAGGGACGGCUGGUCCGUCUUGCUCAGGAUCCCUGAAAAAAAGAACCGCAUGUCCUCGCGACAGUGGGGGCCGAUCUACCUGCGCCUGCUGCCGGGAGGCGUGCUGCAGAUGUACUACGAGAAAGGGCUGGACAGGCCGUACAAGGAGCUGCAGCUUCUCCCCCAGUGCAGGCUCUCCGAUCUUAAGCUGGAAAGCUACGGCGAGCCGCGCAAGGUCCUCUCGGUCAAGGUGGAGCACUUCUCGUACACGGAGAAGAAGCGCUACCACCCGAAGCUGGAGGUUAGUCAUGAGGCGGAGGCAGAAGAGCUGCUGAAGUUUGGCUCCACGGUGCACAGUGACAUGGAGGACCUGGUGGUGUCCAUGGAGGAGGAGAUCUUCAAAUUGUGCGUGCACCACCAGCAGAGGCGGCACUACGAGGAGCAGGAGCUGUCCUUGCAGAUCACCGAUCACAUCUGGGUGCAACUGGAUAGGUUUGGGGAAGUCACGGAGCGCACUGCCUUCACCCAGAUCCACUGUCUGGCUUUCCUGAACGGACUCGGGGAUUGUUUCCUCGCCCUCAACGAUCUCGGGCUGAUGCGCUUCGACUCCAGCUACGGGUCCGAGGACGACGGCGAACUCUGGAUGGAGAUCGCCGACUGCCAUUUUCACAGAUCUGCGAACGAGCCCGAGUUCCAGAGGUCCCGGCUGGUGAAGUUCUCCCCUCCGGACGCCUGCCGGGUCGAGCUGAUGCGCUACAAGACGGCGGUUCUGGGCCGCACGGACAUUCCCUUCUCGAUCAAAGCCGUGGUCACGGUCCAAGGUGCCUACGUGGAGCUCCAGGCCUUUCUCAACAUGUCCGCCUCCUUCUGUUCUACAGCGGGGCUGUCUGACGCGAACCCGCUGUGUGAGAACGUAGUGAUCCGCGUGCCGGUGCCGGGCGACUGGGUCAAAGUGACGCAGACCGUGGCCUUGCUUCGGCAGAGGUCGCUGAAGGCCCGCAUGAACAGAAACGCCUGCUUGGGCGCCGCCGGCGCCGCACAUUCGCAGCCGGCCAUGCAGGUGACCGUCGGCACCGUCAAGUAUGAGAACGUAUAUUCGGCCGUCGUGUGGAGGAUCGACAGACUGCCGGCGAAGAAUACGGCAGUGGAUCAUCCCCAUUCCUUUUCCUGCAAGCUGGAGCUGGGUUCUGACCAGGAGAUCCCGAGUGACUGGUACCCGUUUGUCACCAUGGAAUGUGAAAUUGUGGGCGCAGUCGUGUCUCAGACCAGGGUGAAGUCCCUCGGCACCGAGAACGACGUCCAGCCGCAGAAACACGUGACCAGUUGGACGCGUGUCUGUAAACGACUGCAGGCCAAACUCUACUUGUCCAUCAUCGAUGAUGUGAUCGAGAGCAUGAGGGAGCUCUUCACGGACGAGGGGCUGGAGGAUCGCGUGUUGGACGACCUGAGACAGAUCUGGGAGUCCAAGAUGAUGCAGUCAAAAGCAAUGGAAGACUACAGGAAAAGUAACAUCAACUCCUCCAACUUUGUACUGCAGCUCCCUGCCAACUACAAUCGGACCAAUCAAGAGCUCACAGCCUCUGUUGUGAUCCCCGCAAGUCAGAAUAUUCGCAGUUUCCCCAUGAAGAACAAUUCGGGGAUACUUCCCACCUUCUCUCUCCCCGCUGGGUUAUCUUACCCUGUUCAGAUACCAGCUGGAGUCACUCUACAAACGGCUUCUGGUCAACUUUACAAGGUCAAUGUUCCUGUUGUGGUUACUCAGGCCCCAGCAGGUCAGCCCCCCGUGUCCCGACUCGCACAGGUCAUCGAGCGCAGAGAAUCUCCUGACCCUCCGUCCACUGCGGCCCCACCAGAUGCCUCUCGUCCUCCUCAGGAGGCGGAGGCGCUCUCCGCCCCGGCUAUUUCUGACAAGCAGCAGCAGCAGCAGCAGCAGCAGCAGCAGCAGCCGCCGCCGCCGCACCCGAAGACCAACUUCCCCCCCGGCGAGGAAAGCGCCCUCCCCCAGCAGCCGCUGGUCCCUCCUGCUGAGGCCUCGCAGCCUCCGGGGGCCCACUUCCCACAGCCAGAGGCCCCGCCGGGAGAAAGUGAACCGAACCCACCGCCCGAACCCGCGACCCUCUGCGCGAGCGCCUCCCCCUGCAGUCAGUUGUUGGACUUCCAGAUCAGCACCGAGGAGGCUUUGACCCAAACGGGACAGUUAAGGACCAAUGACCUCGACGACAUCCUGAAGGAAGUGAUUGAAGAGGAGAGGGGGAAGGCAGUAAUGGCCAGGAAGACUGUCAACCAGUCCGAUGCUGAUCUUGGGCUGGACCUGGCCUACAAUUACAGUGAACUGUCGGACAUCGUUCAGCUGGACGGUGCUGCAGGCAACUCUGACAUGGAGGAGGAGGCGGCCGUUUCCCUGGAAGACAACGACUUCCUGGGCAUAAUAAACGCAGAGGCCAUAAAGGCCCUGCAGGAAGGAGGCGGCAGCAGUGACUGCAACAGCAUCUCCUCCAGCAGCGACGAGGAGGCAGCAGAUGAACUCACUAACGUAGAGGAUGAGGAUCCUCUGAACUCGGGUGACGAUGUGGUCGAGCAGGACAUCCCAGAUCUCUUUGACACUGACAACGUCAUUGUUUGCCAAUACGACAAAAUUCACCGAAGCAAGAACCGCUGGAAGUUCCAUUUGAAGGAUGGAGUGAUUUGUUAUGGAGGCAGAGACUACGUCUUCUCCAAAGCUGUCGGGGAAGCAGAGUGGUGAUGAGCUUUAGUUCCCUUGAGCUUAUCAGAGUAUCACGUAGAGACUGAUUUUAAAAGGGAAAGAUAAUGAAGGGAUUUAUACCUCUUGGUGGUAUCAUUUGGGUAAAACACCUGCAUUUGGUGUGAGACACCUCUGUGCAAGAUCUGAUUUAUUUUUUAUUAAGUAAUUAUCAGGGCAAUUCUGCUUGUCAUUUACACAACUGUGCAAACGAUUCCCAACCGCGUUGCUCGUGAAUCCAGACUGAGAAAAAAAGCAUGAAUUUCUGUUGUAUAAUAUUUUGCUGAAAAUAGUUUCCUUUACUGGUGAAGCGAAACAUAAUUUGAUCUAAAAUGUUGUUUCUUUUGUCAUGACCGGGCUGCUUUGAGUGUACCUAAUGUGUUAGGUGUGGUAAAAACUAUGUAAUGGUUUGCCUUUAUUCAUGCUUCAAAUACACUGAGCUGUACUGUUG